ACUAUUAAACGUGAGAAUGGAUACGCUAACACCUAAAAAUUGCUCGAACGUGAGCUCCAACUCCAACUCGAGUGGCAGCAGUGCCAAUAGUUCGUCCAUGAAUCUCGGCGAUAAGCAGUCGAAGCAGGCGAAGCGCAGUCAGCGUGACCAGAAACUCUCCAGAUCGCGUAGUUUGCUGCAAUUACUCAGCAAGCAUCUGGGCAGGCAUUUCCAACACCAUCAUCAUCACCAGAAUGAUACGGUGUACAGCAGCCAGGAUGAUAUACACAGCUCCUCGACGGACUCAUUCAGUCUGAGCGGCUCGCGGAAUGAGUGCUUGGAGGUGAUGAACGUUGGUUCCAGUCUCGAUAUGGAGAACACUUCGGGCUCAUCCUCUGACUCCUAUUCGCCUGGCCUGGAAUUCUAUGAUAACAAUGCGCACAUCUAUGUGGAGACCGUCUACAGACCAAAUAGCGCCAUGGAGCAUCUGCAUCCACAUCAUUACGACGAUGACGAUGGCAGCAGCAACAGCAGCAACAGUUGCGUUGGCGAUGAGGAGGAGCAUGUGGAUGAGAAUGAGAAUCGGGAGAACAACAAUAAGCCAGAGCCACGUUCGACAUCCGCGGCCUCGACAGGCAGAGCCAACAACAAGGGUGGACUACAUUUGAGUCGCAUCUCCAUUUCGUCAUCGGUGAGCCGCAUGUUCCAACACUUCUCCACAUCGGCUGCGACAACGGCAACGGCCUCGUUGCGUUCCUUAUCCUGCAGCAGCACUCCACUCCGCCAGCUGAGGGUGAAGAAGUCACUCACGCCGCAUAACAGCAACAGCAGCAGCAACAGCAGCAACAGCAGCCAAAGCAGCCACAGCGGCAACAGCUCAACAACCAAGUCAACCAAAAAGGAUAAAAAACAGCAGAGCAUAUUGCGGCCUCCAGUGCACUAUGUUCACAUGAAGGGCAUGUCCGGCCUAUACUCGCGGGUGCCAAGCUAUGCGGUAUGCUGCCCCUACACCCUGCACCACAUGUAUUAGGAUGGUAUGAGGAUGAGCGAGCGAAAGUCAUCAUUGGCGAGGACAUUGCCCAAGACAAUGAGCAGACGACAGACGACAGAAGGCGAGGGCAGCGGCAGCGGGUGAAGGCCAAUGCCAAAAGUACGGGGUGGGUGGGUAGUUUAUAGUGAAAAGUGAUGUAGUGCCUAAAGAAAAAACAACUGAAAACUGAA